UAAUUAUAUUUACCUGGGAGUGAUUAGUUUCCUUUCGUUGCGUUGAAGCUUUAAGGAUCGCUUCUCGGCUGGGUUCUGGAGGCAACACAUCGGGUUGUGGCGCAAGCUCUACAAAGACGGGAUACAGAAGUAUUUCGCGACGAUCAACCUCCCUUCUCAUAGUCGCACAAUCUACUACUCUCCCCUAAACGGCCACAGCCCACGUUCAUCACCCCAUUAUUCUACCUGUUUUCCCACUCAACGGGCAGCGCGAUAGCAAUCACGUAUUCACGAUGGAGCUCUCCGAUGCAUUCCGGAUCGUCAACCUCGUUACCGCGACCAUCAUGGUCCUCGGCGGUAUAUCUCAGUUCUUCCAUCACGGCUUUCAAGGGGUUAUUAUCGGGGUCUACGUUGUAGUCUUCGGUCUUUGCACUGCUCUUCUUGAAUUUCAAAUUCCACCUCAAGUCUCACGAUACGCCUCGUUUCUCUUUUCCUUCCUCGGCCGAGGCAUCUUCUACAUCUUCAUCGGGUCCAUCAUCCUCAGCGACAACAUUUUCCGCAUCAUUGCGGGCUCCAUCAUCGGCAUUAUCGGUGUCACCUACGCCGUCCUCGAGUUCGUUCCCCAGGUCGAGCCGCCCAUCAAUAUGCGUGAAGCCGACGCUGGUUGGGGAGCGGAGCAGGUGUAAGCAACGCUCCUCCCUUCUACCUUUUCUCUCAACCACCGCACUACACAAUUCGGGCGGCCUCUCGUAUUUUGCAUGCCCUUACGAUCUACUGGGCAUGUCACAACCACUCACUG